AUGGCUGUACUUCUAUUAAGUUUGGCUUGUGUACUCAACGGAAUGAUAUCCAGAGAGUGCCAACCGAGUAGAGCAUACAGAUUGUUUUGUUAGUCAAGAUAUGUUCAAAACAUCAACAGGCACAAGAAAAAUUGACUGUACACUGCGAUACUUUUAUUCUUUUGCGUUAAACCAGCAAUGAUACGACACGGAGCUAGAUUCUUUGGAUUAUGACGUGACGUUUGGUCCAUUUUUUUUUUGUGUGGUUGAUUGUGAGAAAAAUUCUGCGGUUCUGUUACUAAUCUACCAGUGGUAUCAUACGAAAUCGGAUGAAAAUUAUACGAAAGUUUGAGGUCAAAAGAAUAUGAGCAAGACAAGCUCCAAGGGGAGCAGUGCAAGGAUAGGCACUCUACUAGAGCAACUACAAAAGCUGUGUCUCGCAGGUUCCGAGGCCAAGUAUGAUCAAGAGAAGCUUGAUGUCGAACAGUUGCGUUACGUUACGAAUAAAAUUCAGCAACUUUUGUCUUCUCAAGAAAAAUGCCGCAAGGAUCUGACAACAAAAUUUAGAGAUGGACUGUCAACACUGCUUUUAGUUCUAGAGAUGUCAGCAGAUACACAACUCAUGCUGAACAUUUUGGGUUGUCUGUGUGAACUGUUAACCACAGGUAAAAGGGCAUCUGUUCUUGCAGCCAAGGGUACUGUAGAUAUCAUACUAAGAGUGAUUGUGAGUGCUAGUAAAGAAGCAUCAGUUUGUGAAGAGGCCUUGCUGCUUUGCCAUGUCAUUUUAACAAAAGUUGGGCCAAAAGAUCGUAAACUUUGUGUGAAAGCUCGUUUGACUGGAGCUCUCCAAGUCACAAUGAAUAUGGUGAAGAACAAUACAACAUUCUUUAAGGUUCUACAACCUGCAUUACAAGUCCUUAAACUUUACUCUGCCAAUUCUGUCAACUGCAAUGCCCUGGCCAAAGCAGGAGCUGUUGGUGUUCUGUUUAGAGUGGUUACCAGCUGUGGUCACAAGAGGGUUAUCUGUUUAAAGUUGGUGUUGGAGAUAAUUGCUACCCUUGUAAAAUCAAAGAGCUGUGCAUCAAAAGCAGUCAGCUAUGGAGCUGUUCCACUGCUGUUACAAAUGUUUUGUGAUUGGCAAAGAACAGAUCAUCAUCACAGACAGACAAACAUCAGAAAAGCUAUUCUGAAUGUGAUCAAGAAUAUCACCAUGUCAAGAAGUGGUAAGAAGGCGUUUAUCCAAGCUGAUGGUAUUAAAACCCUGUACACUUUGUCACUGGAGACUUUGGAGUGCCGCGAACUUGAAGGGGUAAACAAUCUCAGCAGCCAGAUUCUACGAAGAUGUUUUCCAACUAACAAGCUUCCGUUGUCAACCUUAUCAUCACCACUGACAUUUGCUCUGUUAGAUUUAGACAGCGCUGGCCACUCAGCUGUAGAAGAUCUACUGGAUGAUAGUGGGGAAGGUGAGUCUACUGAUGUGGAAUCAGAGGAAGAAGAAGAUGACAGUGGUAGUGCAAGUCAAGAUGAUAAAGAAGGGCUUGAAAAUGGCAACAAGGGUAAAAAGCCUGAGAUUAAUUCCUCAAAUCAGAGCAAACAAGUCAAGACAAGAGAUGAUCUGGCUAUGUAUGAAAAGUACUUCCCAGAACUGUUUGAAUUUCAGGUUGAAGUUGCCGAGCCAAUGGAAGAUGACAUGGUAACAUCAUCAUAUCCAAUAGUAAUUCCAACAGGUUCUGAAGAGCCCUUGUCCUGCUCGCCAACCGGACCAAGCCAUCUGUCAAACCAGCUUGAUUCUAUGAAUUUUGAAAGUCCACCAACUUUGACACAAGCCACAGCGACACAAGAAGAGCUUACUCAGGAAGAGAGAUCUUCAUCCGCGAAUUUCACCGCUAAGGUUGAUAACAAUGGUACCUUUGAAAGUGUGCUGCCAAUCGUCAAGACACCAUCACCUGAUGUGUACGGCCAUUAUCCACCGUCCGAGCCUGAACCACUGGGACAGAAAAAAACUGGACUACAGAGAACUAUGAUCUUUAGGGACAUUGCACGACAGAUUCAUCCACAGAGAGUGAUAAACAAAGUUGUAUUUGAUCUGGAUCAGCUUUUAAGACGACCUGGUGACCCUGGAGGAGCACAUGACAACGGGUUAUUAGCUGUGGCUAAAGAGCAACUCAAAUUAGGACAUGCACGGAAACAUAGCAACUCCAGCAUCUCUGAAGGAGAAAGAUCCACUCCUGAGGAGACGGCCAGACCGCUGAAGUUUGAAUCACGGUUUGAGAGUGGCAAUCUACGCAAGGCCAUUCAGGUGCGGGAUUAUGAGUAUGAUCUGGUUCUAAAUCCUGAUAUCAACUGUAAACACCAUCAUCAGUGGUUUUAUUUUGAGGUUAGCAAUAUGGAUGCUGAUAUUCCUUACAAAUUCAACAUCGUUAAUUGUGAGAAGAUCAAUAGUCAGUUCAACUUUGGUAUGCAACCAGUGAUGUAUUCCACAUUAGAAGCUCAGGAAGACCGCGUCGGCUGGGUUCGAGUCGGGACUAAUGUUUGUUAUUAUAGAAAUUACUUCACACGGAGCCGUGAGGUGACUGGUGGACCGACCGGCAAAACCUACUACACGUCAACUUUCACCGUGACCUUCCCUCACACAAAUGAUACAUGUUACUUCGCUUAUCACUACCCCUACACCUUCACUAUGCUUCAGAGUCACUUAUCACGCUUGGAGUCCGGUUUUAGUACAAACGAUAUCUUUUACCGCCGCUUGACUCUGUGCAGCACUUUGGCGGGAAAUCCUUGUGACGUCAUCACCAUCACGGCACAGCCUCGGGGCAGAGAUGCAAAAUCCAUUGAACUUCUGAGGAACAGGCCAUAUAUUUUCCUCACAAGCCGUGUUCAUCCCGGCGAAAGUAAUUCAAGUUGGGUCAUGAAAGGAGUUCUAGACUUUUUAAUGAGCAACUUCUACACUGCACGUCAUCUGCGGGAGACUUUCAUCUUCAAGAUUGUACCCAUGCUUAACAUCGACGGAGUCAUCAAUGGCUGCCACCGAUGUUCUCUGUCGGGUGACGAUUUAAACAGGCGCUGGAUCAAUCCCAGCAUGCUGCUUCACCCCACUAUUUAUCACGUGAAAGGAUUGCUGUUGUACUUACAGUCUAUUGAAAAGACCCCUUUGGUUUAUUGUGACUUCCAUGGUCAUUCACGUAAGAAGAACGUAUUUAUGUAUGGCUGCAGCACAGCUGCCACACUGGCUGCCAGUUCGUCUAGUUCUGGUGAAGUCGACAGUAGUGACUUGGUAGAUUCUGUCAGGGAACGUGUAGCUGAACUAUCUGGCUCCGAAUCCACCAGUAGCAUGGACCCGAGUGACAUAGAGGAAGAUCCCGGAUAUAGGACAUUACCUCGAGUUCUUCACAACAUUGCACCAGCGUUUUCGCUGGGCAGCUGUAGUUUCAUUGUGGAACCGUCCAAAGAAUCCACGGCCAGAGUUGUGGUGUGGAGAGAGAUUGGAGUGGUCAGGAGUUAUACCAUGGAGAGUACAUACAGUGGCUGUGAUCAGGGACCUUAUAAGGGUUACCACGUGGGAACAAGAGAACUGGAGGAAAUGGGCCGUUUCUUCUGUGCCGGGCUUCUCCGUGUUGGACGCUCCUACUUCUAUCAAAACAACCAGCAACAAUCGCCAUCAAACGACAAUGCAGAUGUGAUGCGUAAUGCUGAUAGUUCGUGGAUAAGGACAAGUGAGCUGUUUGUUCCCUGUGAACUCGUCACAAGUGGAGUUGUCGUUUGAUUGUAAUAUAAUUCUUGAAAACACAUACUAGAAGAGCAGCAGUCAAGCGUCGGCGCGUGUGUAAACGUUGUAGUGACUGGGUGUUGUACUUUCAGGCUGUAAGAACCAGGUUGUCUCACACGAGUUACAAACAACCACAUGAGCCAGUAAGUCACGGUGUUUCACAAGCUUAGAACAUUUUUGGUAAAUCUCAAAACGGAAUGGUAAAUCAAUAAGAUACCUGUACUUGAAUUAGGUUUGUGUUCGAAAAGUCUCGAGUUUUCCUUCUGCCCACUUUUGUUUCCCUUCACAGAUUUGAACGUUUCAAUUGUCUGUCACAUAGUUUGCGAGACGCGGUUGUUUCUUAUGUUUCCCUUAAAAUUUUACGCGGGAAAUUGGCGCGCGGGCGGCCAAAAUUGUUCCCCUCGCGCAUGCCCUAGAUUUGAUGGCAGUGUUAUGCUCAAAUACCUAAGGAAUUCA